UGAUAAAUGAUAAAAUUAUUAUUUUGUCAUAUUGGUAUUACCACGUAUUGCCUAUCACAUAACCUAGCUUUCUUCAAAUAAUUGUUACAAAUGAAAUUGAUGGAAAAUUGAUGAAGAUGACUCGUAAAUCGUUUAAGUGAUGUCUGUCUCACAUAAUUGUGAUGAAAACCGCCGAAAUCUCUUAUCUGAAGUUGAAUCAGCAAUAUCUAACAAUGACCUUGCCACCCUCAAGCAGCUUUUACCGCACCCUUUUGACCAAACCACCCUUCAGGACGAAAACGGCAACAACCCUCUGCACUUAUCCAUAAUUUACGAAAAGAACGCAAUUUUUGACUACUUGCUUGAUAAAUUCGACUUGGAGGCGCAAAACCACUCCGGACACACAGCCCUAUCCCUGUCCCUGCUCUACCACAGCGACAUUUUCAUAAUCGAGUACUUUGCCCUGGAACUGAUCCGCAAGGGGGCCAACAUUGAGGUAGUUUUUAGCGAUAAUAACACAGUACUGCACUUGGCCCUCCAACGUCACUACUUCCAAGUCGCCCAGCUUGUAAUUGAAAAGGGGGCCGAUUUAAACGUGCAAAACGACGCGGGGUGCACCCCCUUACACAUGCUUUUCCACGUAAAGACCGACCCCGAAGGGGUGACUGAGGGCGUGGGGCUCAUGCUGUACCACGGGGCGGAUGCCAGCGUCCGUGACAAGAACGGGAACGUCCCCUUCGAGCUUGCGGUAAUUUAUGAUCGUUAUAUAAAAGUAGCGCAGGAAAAUCUGUUCUUUUACACGUUUGAUUCCAACUCGAGCUACGAAAUGUCGGACGAGGUGUUGUUCGAGUUGUUGGAGUCCAAAUCAUCGUUGUUUUUCCAAAUUGUUGAUUACGUUUCCGAAGUUGUUUUUGUCUCAGGUGUGACGUUCUCGCCGUUUUUGUUGUUUCGGAUCGAUCCGAAUUUUCUUAAAGUUGUAAUCGGGAAAUUUGACUACGUUGUUCGGAAAAUCCUAGCGUGUCCACCCGACCAUUUCAAUUGGUUCCGGUUCAGAAUUGAGUCGCUUCAAAAUUGGGAAAUUCUACUCGCGAGUCAUUUAAGCGCGGACACUAUUGAAUUCAUUGGCAGGUUUAGUAUCAGUUGGUUGGUUAAAAAGCUAGAUGAGGAUCAAGUGCCUCCGAAAAUAAUUUUAGGUUUUUUGUUUUACUUGCUUUCGUACGGUUUGGAGGUUUCCGAAAUUGACGUACAGGCUGUGUACAAAAAAUUUGGUUACUGUGAUCUUUUCAAGACUUUCUUACACUUGGAUAUUAAGAAAAGCAAAUUAAUGAACACCGAUAUACUCCCGAAAUUAAUUUACGACGUUAGUUUAGACUUGGGGACGUUCCUCACAGACCCUCACGACUUUUCAAUCAAUGCGAUUGAAAAUUUGUUGGAUUAUUACGCCGACCCCCAAUUAAGACAAUUUUGCAAUAAACUGGGAGUCAAAAAACUUGUGGUUAAAUCAACCGCUUUGCCCCAAGUGCCCCUCCUUGUGCAACUAGCCAGAGACACGGUGCGCAAAUACCUGGUUGAAAAAUUCAGUAUAAGGCACCCGAAACAAUUUUUCAGCCUACUUAAACAACUACCAAUCAGCCACAUCCAUGAAAAAAUCCUGUCGUUUGAAACCAAACUGUAUUGAAUAAAACAAGCGAGCUUUUAUAAACUUU